AUGUCAAGCUCAGAUUAUUACGGUAACAAUGGCGGCGGCUACGGCGGCAACAACAAUUAUAAUAACAACAAUGGAUACAACCAAGGUGGUGGUGCCUCCUACGGUGGCAAUCCCGACUAUAACAACAAUGGAUACAACCAAGGUGGUGACCCCUAUGGCGGAAACAACAACCAGGACUAUGGCAACCGCGGUUACGACCAAAAUAACUAUGACCCUAACUCAGCUCCUGGUGCUUACGGUGGCGCCACAUAUGGUCAAGAAGGUGUUGGUCCCGAUGGUGCUCAAAACGGAGAGCGCGGGUUCAUGGGUGGUGUUGCUGGUGCCGCAGCUGGUGGUUAUGCCGGCCACAAACUUGGUGGUGGUGGUCUAGCGACAUUUGGUGGUAUGAUUGCAGGUGCAAUUGCAGGGUCCAAACUUCAGGAUAAGGCAAAGGAACAUCAUAAGAAGGAGAAAUUGGAAAAGAAACAUAAGAAUAAUGCACCACCAGGUUAUGCUUACGGUGCUCCACCUCCUCCUGGUGGCGGCUACGGCGGCAGAGAUAUUAAUGAUAACUCUGGAUAUAACGGCGGUUAUGGUGGUGCACCUGAUGGUGGCUAUGGAGGAAACAAUAAUUACGGUGGCGGAGCAGGAGCAGCCUAUGGUGGUAACCCGGAUUACAAGAAUGGCGGGUCUUACAAUGACAAUAGUCGGUGGUAA